ACCUCCUCCUGCGGACUUCGGCUCUUCCGCCAGAACCGUUGCCAGUUCAAGGGUCCGUCUGGUACUUUUGGGAAGCCCUCCGCAAUCCAUGUCUUUCAGUGUCAGCUGGUACCUGGAUUCGUAACUGGAAGCGCUCUGUACCUCACGCAGUAACCCCAGCCUCGCGUCUGCUUCCAGCCGCGCCCGCGCCGCGGCAGAGCAUGUCACAUGCUAGGGCUCGGGCGUGAAGCCGACGACGCCAUGUGUAUUUCUGGCGGCGCCUCCCAGGGGAAGGGAGAAGCCGCUGGCCAGCCGCCCGAAUUCCGGCCCUUGUGCGCAAGUGCGGAAGUGUGUUGGCCCCCGUGUGACCGGUUUCCGGCCAGUGGUGCUGCACCGGCUGUCCGAAGACGUGUAACGGACGGUGGGCCGCAGCCAUGGCCGAGAGGAAACCUAACGGUGGCGGCGGCGCCGCUUCCACCUCUUCGUCUGGCACUAAUUUACUCUUCUCUUCCUCGGCCACGGAGUUCAGUUUCAACGUGCCCUUCAUCCCAGUCACCCAAGCCACCGCUGCCUCAGCCUCCUUGCUCCUGCCCGGAGAGGACUCCACAGAUGUUGGUGAGGAGGACAGCUUUCUUGGUCAGACUUCUGCUCACACAUCUACCCCACAGACAUUUAGUUACUUCUCUCAGGUAUCGAACAGUAGUGAUCCUUUUGGGAAUAUUGGACAGUCACCGUUAACAACUGCGGCAGCUUCUGCUGAACAGUCAGCAUUUUCCAAGCCCCCAGCUGCUCUCGCUUUUACAACUGGAUCCCAAGAUGUGUUGAAUGCAUUUUCACCAUCCAUUUCGAAGGCUCACUAUGGUGCUUCAUCCUCUUCACAGAUGGGAAUAAAUACUUACCUGCCUUCUCAGCCAAGUAGUCUCCCUCCUUCUGAUUUUGGGAGCCUGUCCCAAGGAACACCGCAGCAAGGAUACAAUCCUUAUCGCCAUACUCCUGAAAGCAGCAAGGCUAAUCCUUAUAUUGCACCACCACAGCUGCAGCAGUGCCAAACACCAGGCCACCCCACCCAUCCUCCACCCUCCGGACCCCCUGUUCAGAUGUACCAGCUGCCUCCAGGAUCUCUGCCACCAGGUCCUCCUCCAGUGCAGUCAGGGUUGCCCCCUCCGACACAGCAGCAGGCACUUGCUCGACCUGCAGGUCCUUCUCUGCAAGGGCCGCCUCCUUUUCUACUUCAAAACCAAUACGAACCUGUUCAACCCCACUGGUUUUACUGCAAGGAGGUAGAAUACAAACAACUGUGGAUGCCUUUCAGUGUGUUUGACUCUUUGAAUCUUGAAGAAAUCUAUAAUUCAGUCCAGCCAGACCCUGAGAGUGUGGUUCUAGGCACGGAUGGAGGGCGCUACGAUGUUUACCUCUAUGACCGAGUGAGGAAAGCCGUGUACUGGGAAGAGGAGCCAACGGAAGUGAGACGCUGUACUUGGUUUUACAAAGGGGACACAGAUAGCAGGUUUAUUCCCUAUACAGAGGAGUUCAGUGAAAAACUAGAGGCUGAAUAUAAAAAAGCUGUAACCACAAAUCAGUGGCACCGAAGAUUAGAGUUUCCUAGUGGAGAGACAAUUGUUAUGCACAAUCCAAAGGUUAUUGUUCAGUUCCAGCCUUCAUCAGUGCCAGAUGAAUGGGGAACCACGCAAGAUGGACAGACAAGGCCCAGGGUUGUAAAGCGUGGAGUUGAUGAUAACCUUGAUGAAAUUCCUGCUGGGGAAAUGCCUCAGGUUGACCAUUUGGUGUUCAUGGUGCAUGGCAUUGGACCUGUGUGUGACUUGCGUUUUAGAAGCAUUAUUGGAUGUGUGGAUGAUUUUAGGAUGGUUUCUCUCAAAUUGCUGCAGACACAUUUCAAGAAAUCUUUAGAUGAUGGGAAAGUAAGCAGAGUGGAAUUCCUUCCGGUUCACUGGCAUAGUUCCUUGGGUGGGCAUGCCACAGGCGUUGACAGGAAUAUUAAGAAAAUCACGUUAUCAAGUAUUGGUCGGUUUCGUCACUUUACCAAUGAAACCUUGCUAGAUAUUUUAUUUUACAAUAGCCCCACCUACUGUCAGACAAUUGUUGAAAAAGUGGGAAUGGAGAUAAACCGCCUGCAUGCACUCUUUAGAAGUCGGAACCCAGAGUUCAAAGGAGGAGUCUCUGUUGCUGGUCACAGUUUAGGUUCUUUAAUAUUAUUUGACAUCCUGUCUAAUCAAAAUGAUUUGAAUUUAUCAAAGUCUGCUGGGCCUUUUGCUGUUGCUAAUGGAGUUGUGAAGCAGCCACAUUUUCAGGAAAAACAGAUGCCUGAAGAGCCAAAGCUGACUUUGGAUGAGUCUUGUGACCUUGAUGUUGAAAAUGAGGAAGUCCUAACUUUGCAAGAAACUCUGGAAGCACUUAGCCUCUCUGAAUACAUUAGCACUUUUGAAAGGGAAAAGAUUGAUAUGGAGUCUCUGCUUAUGUGUACAGUCGAUGACCUGAAGGAAAUGGGCAUACCCCUUGGACCCAGAAAGAAGAUAGCUAACUUUGUAAAACAUAAAGCGGUUAAACUGGAACAGAAAAAAGCAGCAUCAGAAAAGAAGGCAAUGAUGGCUGCUUCAACAAAAGUACAUGAGGAAAGUGCUCAGAAAGCUAAAGAAAUGGCUUCUCUCCCCUCAGAAUCUAACAGCUCCAAGAGGAAACUUCCAGUCGGUGCUUAUGUUUCUUCUAUGCAUGUUAAUUAUGAGUCUUUUGAAGUUGGCACUGGACAGGUUUCUGUUGUUUACAACCCAUUAGACUUUGAACCUGAGAUUUUCUUUGCCUUGGGAUCUCCAAUUGGUAUGUUUCUCACGAUUCGAGGAGUGGAUAAGAUAGAUGAGAACUACAGGCUUCCUACCUGUAAGGGAUUCUUCAAUAUUUAUCAUCCACUUGAUCCAGUGGCAUACAGAUUAGAACCUAUGAUUGUUCCAGAUUUGGACCUAAAAGCAGUUCUCAUUCCACAUCACAAAGGCAGAAAAAGACUUCACUUAGAGUUGAAAGAAAGUCUUUCUCGUAUGGGAUCUGAUUUGAAGCAGGGUUUUAUUAGCUCUCUGAAAAGUGCUUGGCAGACAUUAAAUGAGUUUGCUCGUGCUCAUACCUCUUCAACUCAAUUGCGAGAAGAAUUGGAGAAGGUAGCCAAUCAAAUCAAAGAAGAAGAAGAAAAACAAGUAGUUGAAGCAGAAAAGAUUGUUGAAAGUCCAGAUUUUCCCAAGGAUGAGGACUACUUAGGAAAGGUUGGAAUGCUAAAUGGAGGCCGCCGAAUUGACUACGUUCUUCAAGAAAAGCCAAUAGAGAGUUUUAAUGAAUAUCUUUUCGCUCUUCAGAGUCAUUUAUGCUAUUGGGAAUCUGAAGAUACUGCCCUGUUGUUACUUAAAGAAAUAUACCGAACAAUCAACAUUAGUCCAGAACAGCCCCAGCAUUGAUUGAACUUCAGUUUCACUGUAAAGUCGCAGUAUAAAUUACGUUGCUGAGAAAAUCCUCAGAGGACAUCUCCAGUUUGCUCCUGUGAUGGAUGACAGAAAAGUGAUUCUUCGACAGUUGCUCAGAUAUAAUUCUCAAAUGUAGGGAUUCACUUAAAAGAAAACAUGCAGAACACAAAGACAAUGAAAAAAUCAGUACCACAUUUGGACAGUAUAGGUGAGAAAAUGUAAUUAAAAUGAUGCAAUUAAAAACUUCUCAGAUCAGUUUAGUUGUACAGUUACCAAAGUAAUAAUGUGAUAUCAAUGAAGAAAUGUUUGUAGCAUGCAGAUGGUUAUUCCUAUUUUUUGAAAAGCUAUUGUCAAUGGGCUAUUAAACUUUUUAAAAUUAAUAUAGUAUGUACUUUUAAGUAUGGACUUUUGAGAAAUUAUAGUAAUAUGAUUUUCAAAAAAUUUCUGUUCUACUUUAAAUGUGAAUUGUAGUUCUGAGCUGCUUUAAUGUGGGGCCAUUUGUAUUUGUUAAGGGGAAUUAAUAACCAAGAUCACUUAUAUUCCAAGUUGAAUGUAAGGUCUUUAUGAAGCCUUCUGAGUUGUUUCUGAGAACAGUUGUGGAAGGAAGUAGAAUGCUGCUUACCCGCACACAAGUCCUAGAAGGCGCCCUCCCAGCAUGUCCAUUUCCAUAGGAGAGGGGGGCAAUGAGAGGUUUUCCAUCUUGUUGUCUGAAGUAUCUGUGCAGAGUGGCCUCAUUGCUAAAGUUCCAAUUAAUGUGAGAACCAAAGUAGAGUUUUUUUUUGUUUUUGGCUUUUUUGCUUUGUAUUAAUUUCACUUAGACCAAAGUGUUUGAAUGUAUGAAAUGUAUUGCUUCUAGAUAAAUAUACUUCAUGAAAGACUGUUCUAUAAUAUUUUACUUUGUUUUACUAUAACUUCAAAUUACCUUAAAUAUUUUCCUAAUACUACAUGGAAUGCUGAUACUUCUUUUGUUAUGCAGCAGAAACAUUUUACACUGUUUACAUAGUUCUCAUGGAACAUAGAAUUUUUUGAAAGCAACAAAUGAUGCAUUUUUUUGUGUAUAUAUUCUAAUUAAUGUGAAUAAAAUGAUAACAGCAAUGCAUUUUUUAAAGCAGCAAACUUAUGUAUUUCUCUUUUCUUUCUUAAAAGUAUUCCUAAGAGUUCAGUGUUCAUUUACUUUUCAUUGUGAGGACCUAAUAUAUACAGUUAACACAUAACAUUUGUUCCCAAUAAUAGAAUUAGGACAGUAGAAUUUUGGAGUUUCAACUGACCCCCCAGCCACCACCUCAUUCUACAACUGAGGAUAUACUAAAUGCCUCUCAGGCUGCUUAGUGGCACAACUAGGCUGGUCUGCAGUUUCACUUACUCCCUUUUGGUUUUCAUUUCUCUGUACCAGAACUCUAUUUCUCACGUAAUUUCUAACUUCCCAAAACUGAUGAAAUAAAGAAAAAUGAGGGCUCUUUAUGUAUAUUUUAAUAAAAUCCAGUUUGAUUUUUCAAUUUA